UUAAAACAAGUCGUUUUGGUGAGAAUUAACGAACGCAGCUGAGGAUGAAAGUGGUCGGUUUGGAGCUUUUGCUCGGCCUCUGUCUCCUGCAGGGUGGCGCGGGUUCGCCGGUGCUUGGGCGCGCCAUUCACAGCAGGGCGGUCACCCUCGGCAUCCCCCAAUGUCUCAGCUUCGUCCGCUCGGUGUUCGGGGGCGAAAUGCCCCUCAGUGCCGCCGACAUCGACACCAAGUUCUUCCUCUACACAAGGGACCGCGACGGGGCGACGCAGAUCAGGGUGGGCGAGUUCAAGGAUUCGGCGGACGGAAGGUGGAAACCGCUGGAGCAGCUUUUGAAGAAACGAAAGACGAUUUUCGUGAUCCACGGAUUCCAGAACAGCGCCGACGAGGAGUGGGUCAAGAAAAUGGCCCAAGCGCUGCUCAGCACCAAGGAGGACUUGCAAGUGGUGGCCGUCGACUGGGCCGAGGGGGCCAAACCGCGCUUCUUCAACUACGUCCAGUCCGUGUCCAACACGCCCGUGGUUGGCGAGGAAGUCGCAAAGAUUAGAAAAAUUAAGUCCAGUCGUUCCUUAAGGUUGGUUCGGCACUUGAACGAGCACUUGGGCAUUCCCCUGAGCGACUUCCACCUGAUCGGCCACAGCCUCGGCGCUCAGGUUGCCUCCUACGUGUCGCACCACCUCAAGGGCAAGGUCGGCCGCCUCACAGCCCUGGACCCGGCGUGUCCGUGCUUCAGCAUGCUGAGCAGAGACCUCAGGGUGGACCCUGAGGAUGCAGAAUUCGUCGACGUCAUCCACACCAACGGCAGGGACAAGUACAGCCUCGGUCUGAUGACCCCUGUUGGCGACGUCGAUUUUUACCCGAACGGGGGUCAGGAACAACCUGCGUGCGGCGUCAAGAGUUUCUGGCUGCGACCCUUUAAGCUUUUGUUCUCGUCGAUUUGCAGCCACGCCGCGGCCGUCGAUUACUUCAUCGAGUCCAUCACGGCCGCCGCCAAGUGCCGGUUUUGGGGAAAGCCCUGGAAAUUAUUCGGCAAUCGGACCGAGAGUGAUGCUUGCCCUGGAAAAAAGUGCGAACUGACGCCGAUGGGCUACGAGUGCAACAAAUUCGCAGGUCGCGGCACCUUUUACGUGCCGGUCGCCGACGGCUCUCCCCACUGCGCCGUCAGCAAUAACAGAGGCUAAGACUUCCUUUGACUGAAGAAAUAAUAUGACUUAAUUUUUCCCAAUGCUACAAUUUUAAUUGUAAUAUAGAAUAAAAAUUGCUCGAUUUUGGACUGAAAUUCAAAGACAUACUCAUUUUCAAACAUUAUAAAUCAACAAAACAUAUAUGAUUUAUAGUCGUUUGAACGCUUUUUAUGUCUAUUGUCUGUAUAAUAAUUUCUAAAAGGCUGGUUUUAUAUUUUUAUGUACUGUAGUUAAUGUUUGUCUUGGGUCUUUAAUGAGGUUUGUGUAUUUUCAAAAGGCAAAAAACGUUACAUUUUGACCCUUGAUUUAGAAACUUGGUCACCAUCAGCAAAGAAGAAAAUUUGAAAUGUCUGAAUUAAUUUACUUUGUGUUACUUCACGCUCAUGUAUUUCCAGCGGCUAAAAUGGAAUUUCGCAAGUAGAAUUCGGUAGUUUGAGAAUGAAAUUAUCAAUUAAUAUGAUAUAUUUGUUUGCAGAAAUAAAAAAAAUU